GCCGCGAACAUGGCGUCCGAGGGCAUCAUCCUCACCAACCACGACCACCAGAUCCGCGUCGGCGUCCUCACAGGUUUUUUUGUUUUAAUUUUAUUUCUAUUUUUUUUAGUGAGUGACAGUUGCUUCAGGAACCUUGCCGAGGAUCGUAGUGGGAUAAACCUUAAAGAUCUGGUCCAAGACCCUUCUUUGUUGGGUGGGACUAUAUCUGCAUACAAGAUAGUGCCAGACGAAAUAGAAGAAAUCAAGGAGACGCUGAUAGAUUGGUGUGAUGAAAAGGAACUUAAUUUGAUUUUAACAACUGGAGGAACAGGGUUUGCACCACGAGAUGUCACUCCAGAGAAAUUCCCAACAUUCCCAUUAUGUGGGCUCCAGAGAGGGGCCACUAAAGAAGUAAUAGAGCGAGAAGCCCCAGGGAUGGCCCUGGCAAUGCUGAUGGGAUCACUUAAUGUUACUCCUCUGGGCAUGCUGUCCAGACCUGUGUGUGGAAUCAGAGGGAAAACUCUCAUAAUUAAUCUACCAGGUAGCAAGAAAGGGUCACAGGAAUGCUUUCAGUUUAUACUGCCAGCCCUACCUCACGCCAUUGAUCUUUUGCGGGACGCCAUUGUAAAAGUAAAGGAGGUACACGAUGAGCUUGAAGAUCUACCUUCACCACCACCUCCUCUUUCUCCUCCUCCAACCACCAGCCCUCACAAACAGACAGAAGACAAAGGAGUACAGUGUGAGGAAGAGGAGGAAGAGAAGAAGGAUAGUGGAGUUGCCUCAACAGAAGACAGUUCUUCUUCACAUAUAACAGCAGCAGCUAUCGCAGCUAAAAAGCAUCCAUCCUACACCAGUUCAGCUGUUAUCAUGGCAAAAGGUGAACAGCCCAUCCCUGGUCUCAUCAGUUAUUGCCAUCACGCAGCAGGCAGUGCAGGAGAACUGAUUCCAGAUUCCAUCAUCUCUCGUGGCGUUCAGGUUCUCCCACGUGAUACAGCCUCCCUCAGUACUACUCCUUCAGAAUCUCCUCGUGCCCAGGCCACCUCUCGUCUCUCCACUGCAUCCUGCCCAACACCAAAACAAAUUAGACGGCCGGAUGAAAGCAAAGGAGUUGCUAGUAGAGUUGGAUCCCUCAAACUCCGUCGAAAGCGGAAGGAGCUCAGAGAUCACCUAGAAGGCAAUGUCAAAGGAUGCUCUCUCCGAGUAAAUGUACGAUUUCACUCGGUCAUCUGAUUUUUUUAAAACUUCUGCUGGCUGGUAACACCAAAUCUGAUUGGUUUGUCCUCUCA